AUAUUUUAUUCGUAAUGGUUGGAUUGCCAUCAUAUGUUUGUGAAUAUUAAAGAGGAAAAAAUUUAAUAUAGAAAUCCACAGCCCGGUCAAAUCAGAGCGAGCUGAAUUAAAAGGGAAUGUGCGUCAGUAGUGAGUUAAGGAGCCUAGAACGCUGCGUCUAUGGCAGAUCCAGCUAACAGACUCGCUGUUGCCAGCACUAGCCGUCACAAGCGUGUGCUGCAACCGCAGCUUUGUUCUGAGGCUAAGCGCCUCCGAACCUUGUCUGACGAAAAUAUCACCUCCAAUUCCAGUUGCAUCCCCAGUGACUCAAAUAAGAGUAAUAAGGUAAAUAGCGUAACACACAUAUCAAACACUAAUAUUGUCGGAGAUUCUGUAUCAAAAUCUCACCAAAAUAUAAGAUCAAUACCCAAAGAUCAAGAAGAUAAUAGUCGAUCGUCCAUAUCCAAUCCUGAAGAAUUAUCCUUAGAAGAACCUAAAAAAAUAACAAAGAAAAGUUCGUCCGAAAAUCCAAAAAAGUUAUCUUCUUCAGAACCAUCAAACACUAAAAUUGACGUUAAGGUGCAAACUCAGACAGACAGAGAUCAGAAAAGAGGCAAAAUUUGCUCUGACAAGGAUCGGGAACGUACGUCGACCAAGCACAAAAGCAAAAAGGAUAAGCAGACGAAAAGCGCCUACAGUUUAAACAUCAAAUUAGAAUCGCCUAGCUUAUUAGGAGCUAGCACGUCAGGGGUUAGAUCUACAGACCUGAAGCCACACAAGUAUCCUCUGCGAAGUUAUUCCAAGAUCCCGUCUUUAAUUGGACAAAAUCGACAAACAAGCGGCUCGUCUACGGAACAUCACAAUUCUUUUCCAGAGCAGCAACGGAAAGGAUCGCGGUCGGGCAAAAAGGAACCUGUAGCGCUGGGGGCAGCGGGCAGCAGUCGGCCGACGGCGCCGCCGCAGCAGCAGCAGCAUCAGGCGAUUAACGCGGAGGAACACUCAGACCCUCCGCGGUUGACGCGAAGCGGAGUUGUGCUGAGGAGAAGCACAAGAAAUAAUAAAGGGCAAGGCGUAUCAACAACGGGUUCCUGUGCCAGCAGCUCGAACGGUAGCGGCGGUGCCGGCGGCUCCAGUGCCGGUGGCAGGAGAACGGCGACCAGUGGCGGCGCCGGAAGGCAACGCAAGGAAGGCGCGGUGCCGGCCGCCUUGUUACCGGCGCCCGCCGCCCGAGUUGCCACCACGGCCGCGAUCAUGGCCGCCGAUCAACCGACAGCAGACGUGCCUAGUAACGGCUUAUCAGUUUCAGAAGAGCCAUCGUCGCCCCAGGAGGCGACGCAGGCGGUACCGACGACCGGUGGUCCUUCAGGUCCUGGGGCAGAUUCAGAAAGCGAUGACAGUGAAGUAGGCAGACUGCAGGCCCUCCUCGAGGCGAGAGGAUUGCCACCUCAUUUAUUUGGAGCUCUGGGACCUCGAAUGCAACACCUAUUACAUCGGAGCAUGGGCGCCAAUAACUCUGUGGCCAGAGCCCAGGCGCUCAUUCCUGGAUUGCAAGCUACCGGCGAUGAGGGUCAGCAGUUGCAGGCGGUGAUUGAGAUGUGCCAAGUUCUAGUUAUGGGUAAUGAGGAGACGCUCACCGGAUUUCCUGUAAAGCAAGUCGUUCCCGCCCUGAUAAGUCUACUGGGGAUGGAACACCACUUUGACAUCAUGAACCAUGCAUGUCGGGCAUUGACAUAUAUGAUGGAGGCUUUACCAAGAUCAUCAGCGGUGGUUGUGGAUGCGGUGCCGGUGUUUUUGGAAAAAUUGCAGGUCAUUCAGUGUAUGGAUGUUGCGGAACAAUCGCUAACAGCGUUGGAUAUGUUGUCGCGAAGGCAUUCAAAGUCCAUCCUCCAGGCGCACGGCGUGUCAGCUUGUUUGAUGUAUUUGGAUUUCUUCUCGAUCAACGCCCAACGUAAUUCGCUGUCUGUAACGGCCAACUGUUGCCUAAAUUUGGCCUCCGAAGAAUUUCAAUAUAUUCAGGAUUCGCUGCCCCUCCUGGCGUCCCGUUUGACCCAGCAGGACAAAAAAUGCGUGGAAAGUGUGUGUUUGGCGUUUUCCAGAUUGGUGGACAGUUUUCAGCUGGAGCCGGCCAAGUUGCAGGAGAUUGCGAGCACGGUCCUCCUCACCAACGUGCAACAAUUGCUUGUCGUUACACCGCCCAUUAUUAGUACGGGAACAUUUAUCACAGUGCUGAGAAUGUUGUCAGUCAUGUGCGCGAAUUGUCCCGACUUGGCGUUGACCCUGUUGAAGCAAAGCAUCGCCGAAACUUUGUUGUACUUACUCACCGGUUCGGCGGAAGUCAAUCAGGAAAGCGUCGAACUAAUUUCCAGGCAACCUCAAGAACUUUUCGAGAUCACAGCUUUAAUCGGAGAGCUUAUGCCGAAAUUGCCUACAGACGGAAUAUUCACAGUAGAUGCCUUAUUAGAACGCCCAACAAGUAUAGCAAAGGACCAACCAAUUUGGCAGUGGCGCGAUGACAGGGGCUGGUGGCAUCCUUACGGCGCCGUAGACAGUCGAAUAGUAGAGGCGGCCCAUCAAAAUGGCGAUGACGAAGUCAGCCUGAAUACAUUAGGUAGAAUUUAUACCAUCGAUUUCCAUUCGAUGCAGCAAAUUAACGAGGACAGCGGUACCUCGCGGCCCGUCCAAAGGUUGUGCACACCGUCCGGUAAUAAAUCCGCCUCAGUGGAACCGAAUCAGUCGACGAACAGCAGGUGCAGCUCAGCGAGCAGGGACGCCAGGGUGGCAUGUUUGAGGGAAGAGCGCGGUUUAGCUGCGGCUUUCAUUAGAUCCUUGUUCUCGGUCCUUUACGAAGUGUACUCUUCGAGUGCGGGGCCGGCGGUGCGUUGCAAAUGCUUAAAAGCUCUCCUGCGAAUGGUGUACUACGCUAAUCCGGACCUUUUGAAGGAGGUGCUCAAAAAUCAGGUCGUGAGCAGUCAUAUCGCGGGAAUGAUGGCGUCCAGCGAUCUGAGGAUAGUGGUCGGCGCUCUUCAAAUGGCCGAGAUACUGAUGACCAAGUUGCCCGAAGAGUUCGGCUUAUAUUUCAGGCGCGAGGGGGUGAUACAUCAAAUUAACAGACUGGCCGAUCCCAACGUGCCGCUGGGGAUGAGCCCGCCAAAGUCCACCAGUUGUAGUUCGACGUGUUUUCCGUCUACUUUGGAAGCGCGUCCCAGCACUUCGCAACUUUCCUGCGCCAGCGCUACGAUUCAGGCCACGGCGAACGGAUCCGCCGCACCAUUAAUUGGUACUUCCUUAACUUCUUCCGUAUAUGCAACCGCUGACGGCCAACGGAUACAGGACGCCGACACGCGGUCUCCCAGUCCUACCGUACGGUUGGGUGACGUGUUAAAGCGAAAGCGGGCCUCCAAAAAAACCUGCGGAAGUGGCGGCAGAUCGAAGCCGAGACAAGAAGAUUUGGCAAAUUCGCAGUCUCUGGUUCAAGAUCUUUUCAGUAAAGCGACCGCGCUUGCCACUUCCACGCCCGCAAAUAGUUCGAGACCAAGAUACGGGGGAUCAACUUCGAAAACCAGUUUCUUACAAAGCUUGAACCCUGCUCGAUGGGGCAGAAGCAUGAAUUCUUCACACGAGAGGAAUUUCACCAAGGAUUCUUUGAAUAAUCUGUCAAAGUCCGCGUCAAAUUCUCAUCUCACCGCCGGAAAUAGAGAAAAGACGAGAGCGUGGAUUAGAGAGCAGGCUUCUGUUUUUAUCGACACCUAUUCAAAUCACGACGGGGAGCAUCCGGCUACCCUGGUGCUGACCCGACUGAAGCUGGCCAUAGCUAAAUUGCUAACGGGCAAGUGCGGGGAAGCGCUUCUCGAACUGAGAGAAAUCCUGAUAGAUUCGGACAUUUCCCCAUUUGAAGUGAACUACUCGGGAUUGAUCAAGACCCUGUUGUCGUUUUUAGCCGACGUCAACGGUCCUUUCGACAGGGAUCAGAGGUUGAGGAUAUUUUUGAACGUCUUCGCCGACUUACCUUUAGAAUCCAAUGUUACGAAAAUUUCCGACAUCAACUCGACGUGGAUGAGUGCCCUGGUCGCGAAAUUAAACGGUUGCGUUUCGCAGUUGGAACAGUUUCCCGUCAAGGUGCACGAUUUACCCGCGAGUUCAGGUGCAGGCAGGGGCGGCACGAGCGCGUUAAAAUUCUUCAACACGCACCAGCUGAAGUGUAACCUCCAACGGCAUCCAGAGUGUAACAACUUGAAGCAGUGGAAGGGCGGCACGGUGAAGAUCGAUCCGUUGGCUUUGGUGCAGGCGAUCGAGCGUUAUUUAGUUGUUAGAGGUUACGGAAGACUGAGAGAUAAAGACGGUGCCGAUAGCGACGACAUAGAUUCGGACACCGAUAUAGACGACACGCUGGCGGGCGUGGUGAUAUCCCAAACGGGCGCCAGACAUAAGUUGCAAUUUUUAAUAGGUGGCAACGUGCUACCAUACAACAUGACCGUGUACCAGGCUGUCAGGCAGUUUUCGAAUAGCGAAAACGAUCAAAGCGAGACCGAUACCGACAACGAGACGCCGCUGGGCAAUGCCGGGAUCUGGGUCCAGACGCACGUCAUAUAUUACAGGCCGCUCAAGGAGGACGCGUCGAUGACGAACCACAAGAGUAAAGCGCCAUCUGGCGCUGCGACGUGGAACCAUUCGAGCCGGAAAGGCAAAGGUCCUUCGAGCAAAACCGCCACGGCCAGGCGGAAAGGCGACGAGUUGUGGAACGAAGGAGUCACACCAGCCGCUCAAUCAACCCUCUCGCCAUAUUUAAUUACAGCACUUCCGGAUACGGUAACUAUUCAGGACGCAUCAUUGGAAGUAUUGUGUCUCCUAAGAAUUCUCAAUGCUCUCAAUUUAUAUUGGGGCACGCUGUAUCCCAAUAUAGAGUACAAGCCAAUAAUAGCCCCUUCAGAUUUUCUUAAUAGUAAGAUCGCGGCAAAGGCCAGCAGGCAGCUGCAAGACCCUCUUGUAAUCAUGACGGGCAACUUACCUAGUUGGUUGCAACAGAUCGUGACCGUCUGCCCGUUCGUGUUCCCGUUCGAAACGAGACAGCUUUUGUUUUACGCCACAUCGUUCGACAGAGACAGGGCGUUGCAGAGGCUGCUCGACAUGUCGCCGGAACUGAGCUCUAGCGAUUCGCAAGAAAGGGUAACGCCCAGACUCGAUAGAAGGAAAAGAACGAUAUCGAGGGAGGACAUACUGAAGCAGGCGGAGCAGGUGAUGCAGGAUCUCGCGUCGUCGAAGGCGUUGCUCGAAGUGCAAUACGAGAACGAGGUCGGGACGGGACUCGGACCGACGUUGGAGUUUUACGCACUGGUGUCGAAGGAAUUGCAAAGGCACAAUUUAGAACUGUGGUACGCCCCCGACGCCGGUCGGAGCCCCGGCGACUACGUGUUCAAUCGGACGGGGCUGUUUCCCGCGCCGCUCGCCAGGGGCGCCAAAAUCGGCUUCAUCACCAAGAUCAAAAGCAAGUUUCGUUUUUUGGGCAAGUUUAUGGCCAAGGCAGUCAUGGAUUCCAGAAUGUUGGACCUUCCAUUUUCGCUUACGUUUUAUCGGUGGCUUUUGGGCCAGGAGCACUGCUUAACCCUGUCGGAUUUAAAGCACAUCAGUCCCGAUAUAUAUAUUACAAUUAAAAAAAUGCAAGAAAUUGUUAGGCAGCGAGAUGAAAUUUUGCACGACGGGGAUCUAACUGAAGAAGAUAAAAUUCUAAAGAUUGAAAAACUUGAAUUCGACGGCUGCGCGAUAGAAGAUCUCGGAUUGGAUUUUAUAGUUCCUGGGUAUAACGUGGAAUUAAUAAAGAACGGUAGAAAUACUCAUCUAACCAUACACAAUUUGCAUCUUUACGUUAAGGUCUUAUCGCAUUGGAUGUUGGUGGAGGGGGUAUCGCGGCAAAUGGAAUCGUUCCGCGAAGGAUUCGAUUCGGUGUUUCCGCUCAACAACUUGAGGGUAUUUCAACCGGAAGAACUGGAAUGCGUGUUCUGCGGCAGUCCCAAAGAUCAAGUAUCCGGCUGGGAUAUCAAAACACUGAUGGAAUGCUGUCGGCCCGAUCACGGGUACAAUAUAGAUUCGAGGGCGAUAAAAUAUCUGUUCGAAGUAUUGAGCUCCUAUAACGGAGACGAGCAGAGGAUGUUUGUGCAGUUUUUGACCGGCAGUCCCAGACUUCCCGUCGGAGGGUUCAAAGCAUUAUCGCCACCAUUGACUGUAGUAAGGAAAACGUUGGAAUUAAACAUGAACCCGGAUGACUUUUUACCAUCUGUGAUGACGUGCGUAAACUACCUCAAACUGCCCGAUUAUUCUAGCGUAGCGAUCAUGAGAGAAAAACUGAGGAUAGCGGCUUCAGAAGGGCAGCACUCGUUCCACCUGUCAUAAACUAUAAAAAUGUACUAAAUGUGUGUUAUAAACAAAAAUAAUUACCAUAUAAUAGCAUACCAAUUUUACAUAAAGUGAUAAUCACUUACAAACUAUUGAUAUUAUAUUUAUUCUACACAUUGGUGGUUAAAAAAGUGUCUUAUUUUUUAAAGAGUACCAAAUUAAUAUCAAUUUUUGUCUUCAGACCCCCAUUGUAAUUAUCAGAUUUGUUUGUUGUUAUUUUUUUUUAUGUGGAGUCGACUGAUUUGUGCAAUGGACACACUUAUAGUGAUAACGUCUCUCAACGAACUGUGCUAGAUUUAAUUGUACACUUCAAUUGCCAAAUGUAUAGUUUCGUCAGGCCUGCGACGCAGCACUGACUAUAUUUAAUUUUAAAAUUGUAGUUUUAAUUUUAGGCAUAUUAUUUCAGUAAAUUUGUAUACAUGCUAUAGUAUUUUAUUUAAAAUAUAUUGAAUAUAAAAAUGAUAAUCAAUUACAGUUGCAGAUUACAAUAUCUAUUGUGGCUACUGAGAAGCUUCUUUUGUAGGUGGUAAUUUCCUGAAGAUGACUGAUGCACACGCAAAGAAAUGAACUGACAGCCUGGAGUCAAAUACCUAUUCAUGAACGUGAAUCUAUAGAUAUUUGUUUACUCUAGCCUUUUUAGUAAUUUCUUGUACAGUGAGAACAAGCCGCAAAUAAAUUAAUGCUUG